CUUAUAUAUUUGAUCAAAUGUUGUAUUUAUUAUUUCACACAGAAUUUUUGAUCCAGUAUGAGGACUCGCUUCACCACCACAGAGGUCACUGGCACAACCUCACCGAGGUCGCCGGUACCGAGACCACAGCUCACCUGAAGCUGUCGCCCUAUGUUCACUACACCUUUAGAGUCCUUGCUGUCAAUGCCAUGGGCAGCAGCCGGCCCAGUUUCCCCUCUAAGAUGUAUAAGACCGAGCCUUCAGCUCCAGAUGAGAAUCCAACAGGUGUACAUGGUUUUGGAACAGAACAUGACAAUCUUGUCAUUUCAUGGAAGCCGCUGUCAGGCCUCCAGGCCAACGGGCCGGGACUCCAUUACAGAGUGAUGUGGAGACAGAAGAUGAUGGACACCGAGUGGAUGAUGGCGACCGUAGCCAACAACUCCAAGUUUGUGGUGUCCGGAACGCCCACGUUUGUUCCGUACGAGCUCAAAGUUCAGGCCGUGAAUGACUACGGUGCAGCGCCCGAACCCGCCGUUGCCUUCGGCCACUCUGGAGAGGAUCGUAAGUCCGACUGCUCAGUCUCCAGCCUGCCCUUUUCACCGAUGCAAAGCUGUUAUGCACAAGUUGUUAUGUUGCAGACCCACUCAUUUUUUUUUUUAUAAUACUAUCCCUCCCAC